GAAAGGGGCGCGGAGUCCAACGCUCCCGCAGUACAGAUGGGGAGACUGAGGUCCAGAGCCCGGCUGUCCACCGCCCGCGGAGAAGGGGGCGCGUCCUGCCCGGCUGGCCGCUUGGAGCCGGGGCCGCCUCCUCCCGCCCGCCGCGCCCGUGACCCCAGCCCUGCCUUUGCCUUUGCCACGCCGCCUGCUCGGGAGCGAGUCAUGGUGGCGGGACUGGCGGCAGCAUGGCUGCUCCUGGCGGCUGCGGCCUGCGCGCAGCGGGAGCAGGACUUCUACGGCUUCAAGGCGGUCAACAUCCGGGGCAAGUUGGUGUCUCUGGAGAAAUACCGCGGCUCGGUGUCCCUGGUGGUGAACGUGGCUAGCGAGUGUGGCUUCACAGACCAGCACUACCGGGCCCUGCAACAGCUACAGCGGGACCUGGGACCUCACCACUUCAACGUGCUUGCCUUUCCCUGCAACCAGUUUGGCCAGCAGGAGCCCAACAGCAACAAGGAGAUUGAGAACUUUGCCCGCCACACCUACAGUGUCUCUUUCCCCAUGUUUAGCAAGAUCACAGUCACCGGCACUGGUGCCCACCCUGCCUUCAAGUACCUGAUCCAGACUUCUGGAAAGGAGCCCACCUGGAACUUCUGGAAGUACCUAGUGGCCCCAGAUGGAAAGGUGAUAGGGGCUUGGGACCCAACCAUGUCGGUGGAGGAGUUAAGGCCCCAGAUUACAGCGCUUGUGAGGAAGCUCAUCCUGAAGAAACGAGAAGACUUAUAACUACUUUCCCUCCUCUCCCACUGUCCCCUCCCCUCACUGUUCACCAAGUGACUGUUCACUCAGUGUUCACUGAGUGACCAAAGCAAACUCAAAUGGUGCUACAAGGGAGAGACUACUGACUCUCCUUCCUCCACUCUUAUCCCACCUACCCCAUCACUCCUGUCUGGGGAAAAUUCUAGUAGUUUGAUUAUUUGAAUCUUAGAGCAACCUGUAAGAACCCCUGACCAGUGACAGCUCUUGACCAAUGACUCAACAACCAAUAAGAACCUCUGGCCCCUGAAAACAUGUGGCAAAUAGAGGUACAAGCAAUAAUCUCCUACCUGUUAUGAACUCUCUAAAAUGAGGCCAAUUCCUGCCUCACAGGGCUGUUGUGAGAUUGAGGAUGAAAGGCCUACGAAAGUGCCUAGGGCAGUGCCAGGUAACUAGGAGGCGUUCAAUAAAUGUUUUUUGCAUAUGAACCAAAAAAUAAGUUGUGAUCAAUAAAAACUUGAACCCAACAUGAAUUUCCAGCCAUGAGAAUCCAGGCCAAACAUUUGUUGUUGUUGUUGCUGUUGUUAUUGUUUUCCUAUGUAUUUUUUUCAAUUACAAAAUUAAUACAAAUUCAUUGUAAAAUAAGAUGAUACAAAAUAAAAAUGAAACUAUC